CUUUGAUAGAAAGCAUAUUACUACGUAUAUCUGUGAUAGGAGACACUGCGCAUUGUCAACAUGUUCGCAGUGAAGUCUAAUCCUUUACUCCUCCGAUCCCCGUCGGUAUUCUCCGAUAAGAGGCAACGGAGGAGAAUCAUUUCACGGUCAUCUGGAUGGCGGAGCGUUCAAGUUCAAGCAGUGAUCAGCGGCGGAGACAGCAAGACUACGACCUCAUCUCCGGUGGACAACAAAGUGAGCAAUGGUUCGUUACAAAGUAGCUCGAGUGAUGGCAGAAGCGAUGGUGGAACGAUAGAGGUGAAAGCAGUGGUGAUGAUAAGAAAGAAAAUGAAAGGUAGUGUGGUUGAGGAGGUUGAGGAUCAGUUGGAGUAUUUCUUUAAUGGUGUUGGUCAAGGGAUACAGAUUCAGCUUGUUAGUGAACUCAUAGACCCUGCUACUAAUAAUGGUAAAAGCGUGGAAUCCUACGUAGGAGGUUGGCUACCGAAGCCAUCAAACAUUCCAUAUGUUGUGGAAUACUCUGCUGAUUUCACAGUGCCAAGUGACUUUGGAUCUCCAGCUGCUAUUCUCAUUACCAAUCUUCGUUCAAAGGAGUUCCAUUUAUCGGAAAUCCUCCUUCACGGCUUCACUGGAGGGCCUGUUUUCUUUCCAGCUAACACAUGGAUUCAUUCGCGUAACGAUAACCCUCAAAGUAGAAUCAUAUUCAAAAACCAAGCAUAUUUACCAUCACAAACACCACCUGGUAUCAAAGAUCUUCGACGUGAGGAUUUGCUAAGCACAAGGGGAAGCGGUGCUGCCCAAGAACAGGAAAGAAAACCACAUGAUAGAAUCUAUGAUUAUGCUCCCUACAAUGAGUUAGGCAACCCUGAUAAAGAGGAACUUGUUAGACCAGUCAUUGGAGAUCUUGAGAGGCCUUAUCCUCGUCGUUGUAGAACUGGAAGACCUCCUACUCGCUCAGAUCCACGAUGCGAGACUAGAAUUGAAAAGCCACACCCUGUUUAUGUGCCGCGAGAUGAAACUUUUGAAGAAAUCAAACAGGACGCAUUUGCUGCUGGAAGAUUGAAAGCUGUGUUCCACAAUCUUAUACCCAAACUUGCAGCCACUAUGUCGAAUUCAGACAUUCCUUUCAAGUGUUUCUCGGAGAUUGACAAGCUUUAUAUUGAUGGUGUUAGUUUGGGAGAUGAAGAGAAUAAAGGGAUAAUAGAAAAUCUCUUGGUGGGAAAAGUGAUGAAACAGGUCUUCAAUUCUGGAGAGCGGUUGCUGAAGUAUGACAUCCCGGCUAUUGUAAAAGGAGAUAGAUUUGCUUGGUUGCGGGACAACGAAUUUGCAAGGCAAGCCUUAGCUGGAGUCAAUCCAGUGAAUAUUGAGCUAUUGAAGGAGUUUCCAAUCCGCAGCAAACUAGAUCCAACUAUCUAUGGCCCUCCUGAAUCAGCAAUAACAAAGGAACUACUGGAGCAAGAACUUGGUGGAAUAAGCUUGGAAAAGGCUAUAGAGGAAAAGAGACUAUUUAUUAUUGAUUAUCAUGACAUGCUUUUGCCAUUCAUCAAGAAGAUGAACUCUUUACCUGAGAGGAAAGCUUAUGCCUCCCGGACAAUUCUCUUCAUUACAAAGGCCGGCGUUCUGCGUCCUAUAGCUAUUGAGCUUUCUCUUCCUCCAACACUUACUUCGCCGCAAAAUAAAAAAGUUUACACACAAGGUCAUGAUGCCACAGCACACUGGAUUUGGAAGUUAGCAAAAGCUCAUGUUAGCUCAAAUGAUGCUGGCAUCCAUCAACUAGUAAAUCAUUGGUUAAGGACUCAUGCAUGCAUGGAGCCAUAUAUAAUUGCUACUCAUCGACAGUUAAGCUCAAUGCAUCCCAUUUACAAGUUGCUGCAUCCUCACACACGCUAUACAAUGGAAAUUAAUGCACUUGCUCGACAGAGUUUAAUAAAUGGAGGGGGUAUAAUUGAAGCAUCUUUUAGUCCUGGAAAAUAUGCCUUGGAGCUUAGUUCAGCUGCUUACAAGAGCAUGUGGAGAUUUGAUUUGGAGUCUCUCCCAGCAGAUCUUAUUCGAAGGGGCAUGGCAGUAGAUGACCCUUCAACGCCCUGUGGUGUAAAACUUGUGAUUGAUGACUACCCUUAUGCUGCAGAUGGACUCUUAAUUUGGUCUGCCAUUCAAGAAUGGGUAGAAUCUUAUGUCAAACACUUCUAUUCUGAAUCAAAUUCAAUUGCAUCGGAUGUUGAGCUCCAAGAGUGGUGGAGUGAAAUCAAGUGUAAGGGUCACGCUGACAAAAGAAAUGAACCUUGGUGGCCUAAACUAGAUACCAAAGAGGACCUAUCUUUCAUACUUACAACAAUCAUAUGGGUUGCUUCAGGACAACAUGCUGCUAUAAAUUUUGGUCAAUACCCUUUUGGAGGAUAUGUGCCUAACCGUCCUACCCUCAUGAGAAAACUUAUCCCUCAAGAAAAUGAUUCUGAUUAUGAGAAGUUUAUUAAAAAUCCUCAGCUUUUUUUCCUAUCAUCAUUGCCUACUCAACUUCAAGCUACCAAAGUAAUGGCUGUUCAGGACACAUUGUCGACUCAUUCCCCUGACGAAGAGUAUUUGGGUCAAGUGACUCAUUUGCAUAAUCAUUGGAUCAAUGAUCAGGAAGUCCUGAAAUUGUUUAGUAAAUUCUCUGCUAGACUUGAGGAGAUAGAGGAAAUUAUAAAUGCAAGAAAUAAGGAUCCAAGUUUGAAAAGUAGAACUGGUGCAGGUGUUCCUCCUUAUGAACUUUUGCUUCCUUUGUCAGGACCCGGGGCAACUGGUCGUGGAGUCCCGAACAGUAUAUCUAUAUGA